AACUUCCUUUUUGCCUUCUCCAAGAUGGCCGGUGCGCGGCUGCUACAGGAGGGAAGAGUGAGCAUAGUUAGCUUCACACUCGGAGCUUCGGUGAUAUCACUGCCGCUUCUCACUAGCAGCUUCACGGAGCAGACUCUGCUGGCAGCCGCGCCGGGUCGGAUAGCGCUUGUUUUCUUCAUAGCGGCGCUCAAUGGACUUCUGCUCCUGCUGUAUAAGGCUCAGCUCUAUCAGGUAGCCAUCAGGGCCAGCUUUCUAGGUUUUGCUUUCGGAUGUGGUUUGCUGCUGAGCAUCACACAGUCACCAUGGAAGCCCUUUGGAUGGUAUGUUUGCUCCCUGUCAUUUUUCCAUUACUCCGAGUAUUUGGUAACCGCAAUGAACAAUCCAAGAAGCUUGUCUAUUGAUUCAUUCCUCCUGAAUCACAGCUUAGAGUACACACUGGCUGCACUGUCAUCAUGGGUGGAAUUUACUAUCGAGACGACAAUUUACCCAGAUCUGAAGCAGAUAACAUGGCUGAGCGUUAUUGGCCUGAUCAUGGUUCUCUUUGGGGAGGUGCUUAGGAAAUGCGCAAUGCUCACAGCUGGCUCCAAUUUCAACCACAUUGUACAGAACGAGAAAUCGGAUUCCCACACGUUAGUCACAUCUGGGGUCUAUUCCUGGUUCAGACAUCCAUCAUAUGUCGGCUGGUUUUACUGGAGCAUUGGAACUCAGGUUCUGCUUUGUAACCCAUUGUGCUUAGUCGGUUACACGCUUGCCUCGUGGAGGUUUUUCAGUGAACGGAUCGAAGAGGAGGAGUUCUCACUUAUCCACUUUUUUGGAGAAAACUAUUUGGAAUACAAAAAGAAAGUUCCCACAGGUCUGCCCUUUAUAAAGGGAGUCAAAAUGGAGCCCUAGCUGAAUCGCACAGAACAUAAUGGGAAUUCAAAACACAUAUCUAGUCUGGCUUGACAUGGCAUCACUACUUUAUGCUGUGAGGUGGGAGCAGUAGAAGCCAAUGUGCAAGGGCUAUAGAAAGGUGCAGGGAAAAAAAAGCAGCAGGACUUUGAAUGGAUUGUGCAUCUUCACACCAGCUCUUAUUGGCUUUGAAACUUUACAAUCCUAAUGAGACUUAUGAUACACAAUGAGGAUAGAAUGUGAUGUAGACACUGAAUCCUUUUUCUAUAGAACUUUUUAUAUUUAUCACUUAAAGAAUAUUCUCCUUCUUUAUAUGCAUGAAUGGUCCAAACAUUUAAAAUUGCAGGUCUACAAAUGACAUGCAUGGACAAUGAGGCUUGAAUGGUGUGCACUUAAACCAUAGCACUCGUUGCUUUUGUGCUGAGCCUGGCUGUAUUGGACACAGAGAGGCUGCAAAAAAAGCAAUGUUCCUAAAUCUGUAGCACAGAACAUCAUGAUUAGCACCUACAGUGUGAAAUAUCUGCAUUGCUGGAUUACACAGAAAUUGUUACUUGUCAGGGAAAGGUCAGGGUAACCGCAAGGUAUUUCCUAUUCCUGAAGAAAAGUAUUUAGUAUUAGAAUUAUUCUGAUAUCAAUCAAGGGAUCAAUAUAUAUAUAUAUAGAGAGAUAGAUAUACUUAUGAACAUAUUGUGUGUUAGAACCAUGUAUGUGUUCUCCAACAAUCAUUAUCAGUAUUGUUACAGUACAGCCCUGGUCUUUAUUGGAAAUCAUUUAAUUAGGGAAUCUGGAGAGUGUUUGUAGCUUUAUGGGGUCUUAGCAUCUCCUGACAGCCAAUGGGGUGAUGCCAAGAGUUGAGUAGGUGAUGGGAUCUCUGCUGGGCAGCCCUGUAAUAAUGCUUGAUCACAUGACAAGGUCAUAAAGAAGUAAUAGGUAACACUGAACUACAAUUUCUUUAAUUUAAUUGAGCUGUAGGGGGAGUGAAGGAAAUUAUAGUACAGCAGCACACAAAUUGCUGAAGUCCUAUAGUUUAAUCUCAAUAUUUUUAAUUGAUACCUCAUUUAUCAUUUUGUUCUCUACUGUGAUACUGUAGCUUUUGGCAUUUUACUAUUCACAGGCAACUGUGUAUGUAUGGGUGAAUAGAGUAUAUCAUGGGGUACCGUUAAAGGGGAACAUGCUUUUUUAAGUUAUUUCUGUAUAUAUGGUGAGGUAAAUAUACAGGCAUAUGUUCUGCACGGAGACCCUUAUUUAUCAGCAUAAAUACUAAAUUGCUUGGCCU